GUCAGCGUUAGAAGUUUGAUUAUCCUGUACUCAAAGGCUAAUUUAUGUGGUUAAUGGUUGUUAGAUAAAGGCUUUACCAUAAGGGGAAAUUUUAUUUGUACACUUUUCUUGGUACCACUUUUCAUAUAUACACUAAGAAGGAGAACAUUUUCAAAAAUACCUAAAUCAUUAAUUGAUAAAAGACAAGAACACCCCUCUCACAAUCUAACCUAAUUUCUUAUCAUUUUCUUUGCCGAGAGAAAUCUUCGUCGAGCUCAACGACAGAGACGACAACGCGACGAGAUUGAGUGAUGACGAUGGCGACGCGACAAGACCGAGUGACGACGAUGAGAUCGAGCGACGACGGCGAGGAUGAGAUCGAGCAUCGACGGCGAGGAUGAGAUCGAGCGAAGACGGCGGCGGUGAGGACGAGAUCGAGAAAGCCAUUGGAGGAAAUAAAUCAGAACGCGACUAAAGGAGACAACAAGUAGAAGAUGAUAAAAAGAGAAAAUGAAUCUGCUUAAGUCAUGAAACCUCAAGUGAUAAGCAGAAGCAGAUCGUUGAGGAAAUCACGGGACUUCCAUUUCAGUCUAGAACUAUUGUUGUUGCAAUCAAAGGAAGAAGACGACAAGAGCAGUUACACAGCGCUGUUGCUGAAAGAUAUCAAGAAUUUCCAUGGGGGGAAGAGUAGUCACGAUGAUGAGGAGGAGGAUCUGUUUAGUCUUCUUCCGUCUUGUGUUACAAAAGCUUGCUCCAUUGUUGAAGCAGUCGCCGAUCUUAACUCCACCAGCUCAGAUUUGAACCAGUUUAGAUUCACUUCUACGGCGGUGAAGAAAGCAGAUUUGAUGGAACCGAGCUUUGAAAAGUAUGUGACUGUGAAGAGAGGAGGUUGUUUGUUGGAGUUGCAAGAGUCGUCAUGUGCUAGCAACAAUCUUACCUGACCAGGCAGAGUUCGAUUUCUCAGGCAGACAACUCUCUGUGUUAUCGCAUUUCA